GUAGGCCGGUGAUGGGCCCGGCUCUGCUGCUCUCUCUGUCUUUGGCUUAAAAAGUUCAAGUCAUUAUUCUCCUCCUGCUGCUAUUCAGAUGAAGUCCCAUUGGCUCAUUGUUAUUCUGCCCAAGUGAGAGAGGGGGACUCAGAGAAUGGGAGGCUGACUGGGGUUUCCAACGGCUGGGUUUGCUGGUGGUACUGGUGCAGGUUUUGGUUGUGGCUCUCUGGUCAGUGUUUUUCUCUCUCUGUCUCUGCAGGCGUGAAGGCAUGUUGAUAAUCGGCUCAGUAAUGAGGAAUAGGUACUGAAUGGCACCGAAUAUCUGACCCCAAUUCCCAGGAGUAAAAAAAAAGAGGCAAAGGCAGGGGGGGGGGAAAGAGGAAAGGAGAAGGCCAUGUGAAAAAAGGAGGUGGAGGGGAGGUGAGAUUUAGUGCUCUGCUGGAUGAAACAACCCCCCACAAACUGACGGAGAGGGAAAGUAGUCUAAUAGGAAGAAAAGAGGGGGAGUUAUAGUUCAUUAAACCCCUAAAAGACAUGCUGCAAGCUUUUUUCAUUUCAUACAAAGAACACAGAAAAGAUCAUCUGUAAAGUUUAGACAGUCGAACAACCAAGAAAAAAGAGAACCAAACCAUAAACAGCGGCUGCAAGAGAAGCAACAAUGUCUCGAACUGAAGAGAUCAACAAGAUGACAGAAAAUGUCUACAAGGGCGUCCUGGACCAGUUCAACCCCAGUCUGAAGAACUUUGUCACCAUGGGAAAACACUAUGAGAAAGCUCUGACAGGAGUGACGGUGGCUGCAAAGGGCUACUUUGAUGCUCUAGUGAAGCUUGGGGAGCUGGCCAGUGACAGCCAGGGCUCCAAGGAGCUGGGGGACACGCUGUUUCAGAUGGCCGAGGUUCACAGGCAGAUUCAAGUGCAGCUGGAGGAUGUGCUGAAACUGUUUCACUCUGAGAUGCUCGCCCAGCUGGAGCAGAAGCUGGAGUUGGACAUUAAAUACCUCACAGCCACUCUAAAGAAGUAUCAGAGUGAGCGAAGGUCUCAGUCGGAGUCGAUCGAGCGCUGUCAGUCCCAGCUGAAGAAACUCCGCAGGAAGAGCCAGGGUAGCCGUCACCCUAACAAAUAUGGAGACAGAGAGAUGCAGUUUGUGGAGCUGAUGAGUCGUCGACAAGGCGAGCUGGACACGCUGGUGGCGACAGGCUACAAGUCUGCACUCACAGAGGAGAGAAGAAGAUACUGCUUCCUGGUGGACAGACAGUGCUGCGUCACCAAGCUGCUCAUUAACUACCACUCCAAGGUGAGAGAGCUUCUGUCGCAGAAACUGUCGUCCUGGCAACAGUCAUGUUCUCAGCCCACGAAGCUCCCGGAGCGGGCCCUCAAUCUGCUGCGUCACACAGCGCCGCAAACCCCAGGGGCUGCUGGGAUAGCUGAGGUCCUCCGUCACACCAAGCUGGGCACCGCUCAACCAGAGCAGAGAGUUUCCGUCCAGGAGGUUCCUCCUCUGCUGAAUGGAGACUCAAGCCGCUCCCAGCAGCAGCAGCGAUCGCUCCCCUCUUCCUCCUCCUCCCACAGCGACUCUGGUCCUCCUCAGGGCUCCCCUCACGCUUUCCGCUCUGCCUCCUCCACCGCUGCAGCUGCUCCUGGGUCUUCUCGGGGAGCUUCUCCUCAGCACACCAGCACCCCCGUAAACACCUCAGUGAGCCCCCUCUCUGACGGCGGCCCAUCAGCGUUCGACACCACUACCGCCACCUCUCUCCUCCUGGCCUCCAACACGUCCAACCUGUCUCCAAGCCUCAUCCCUUCCACAGUGAUGUCCCUCAGUCAGAUCUCUCAGAGCAGCAGCUCCUCUCAGGGCAUGACCCUCCCGAUCCUGCACAGCGCCCCCCACAGUCCAUCGCUGUCCCACAGCGCUCCUCUCUCCAGGGCUUUGACCCCGGUGCAGCUGCUGCACCAGCAGGUCGGACCCGGCGGGAGCCACACGCUGUCUCCGUCACACAACCCCUGGCUGCUGAAAGCCGGGGACGUUUCUGCUACUGCAACGCUGCCUCUGCCAAGGAGACCGGUCAGUGAAAUGAGGCUGGGAGGCUUUCAGGGCUCCAGUCUUCCCAGAGUGCUUCCAUUAUCUGGAGUGACCCACGUGGAGGCCUUAUUCACUCACACACCUGGAGCGUUGGACGGUGCUGGUGGAAGUUUAGGAGGUGGGGCUUGCUUACUUCACUUCCUGCCCGGGGAUAACAUCACCCUCCUCAUCUCUGAGCCCAGAGACGGGUGGCACUACGGUCAAAACGAACGCACCGGACGGAAAGGCUGGUUCCCUUUCUCCUACACCCAACCGCAGCACAGCAGAAUGGAUCACCUUGAGGGCUCUCUCUUGCUAUCGAAGGCUAACAGCACCAGCACCGGACAACUUGACAAGCUGGUGUCUGCAGGCCUCCCCGCCCUCACCCCUGAGUCUGAGGAGGAGCGCUCCCUUCCUCCUCAGAGGGUCAGCACCUUCCGUCCGCGCCCCUACAGCAUGGCCGACACCAACAAGAUCACAUCAGACUUAAGAGCUUCACCACCGUCACCCACCAGGCCCAACCCCUUUGCUCACGUCCGCCUCAGAAAAACCGUCACCAACGAUCGCUCGGCUCCCAUAAUCGAGUGACGUUGCUGUUCAUAGAGCCUCAGGUUCAGUCCUGGAAGCUGCACACUGUGUUUGCAAACUGUGAUUAACUUUUGUCUUUUUUUUCUCAGUUGAAUCAUGUAAAAUGUUUGUGCACAAUGUUCAAAACCAAUAUGCAUUUUAGCUAAAAAAAAAAAAAAAAAAAAUUAUUAUUUUAUUUUGAUUUAAUUGCAAGACAUGGAAAUCCAAUGUGACACAAAUGUGCCAGUUAAGAUAAAUUGUAAAUUUGUUUGUUUCUUUGUGUUUGAGAGCAUCAUGCUGCAUUUUACUCUUCAAAAAUGUGACUAAGCUGUCCUGGUUAUCUCUUAGACGUGAAGGGUGCCUUUUGUUUCUUAUUUUUAUUUUGUGCCAUAUUCAGAAAAGUGUUAAAGUUCUGGUGCAACAUGGACUGGAUCCUGUAACAAAAGGUUUUACACAUCGACCACGGAAGUAUUAUCGGGACGAGGACCGGCUCCUUCUCUACAGCGUUAAAUAUUUUUCAAAAAAGCUUCUAUGUUUGUUGCAUUUUAGUGAAAGAGAGCAUUUAAAUUUUAUUUUAUUAGGCUAAUUAUUUAGAUAAAGCACAGGGCAUAUUUUAAUGAAACUGAGACAAUAAGUUGAUUUGUUUGAAUUUUGAUAACCAUAAAUAGGAAAUGACUAAAUGCACAAAUCUUAAUUCCAGUUAAUAGUAAUAUUUCUGCUGUUGUAACGUUUUCUAUUUGUCGUUGCUUGUGAAGGUUUUCAGAUUAUUUUAACUUGCUUCCUUGAAUCAGGAUGCAAAGAACAGAAACUCCUUCGGCAUUAUUUUUUCAUUAUAACAAUGUGGCUCCAACUCAGUAUUCAUAAACUUGCACACUGUGAACCUGAACCGGUGAAGGUUAAAAAGAAAAGUGAAUUUUUAUUUAAAAGAUGGAAAGUUGGGGAGGAUUAAAAGUUUAGGAAAUGAGGAGCUUGCAUUUUUGGUCUGGAUUUUAUGUCUUGAUUCCUUUUCAGACCUAAAUCUAAAGCUCUCCACCAUCUAUAGACUAGCUGAUUGUAGAUGCGUGUUUACGAGUCAGACUGAGCAGAAUCUUAAAGAGUGAUGUGAAAGCCAAGGAGGAGGACAUGACUGAGCUCACUGUGGAAGUGUUUUCAAAGAAAGUGAAGGAGAAAGCAUACAGGAAGUAGACCUAUGUCUAAGCAAGUAUUUGUCAAACUGCAGUCAUAUUUAAGGAUGUAUGAGAAUAAAAACAUCCUUUGUGCAAAGUAAAAAUUAUUAUUCUCUUCUGUAUUCACUCACUGCAAUAUUUCAGCACCAUAAAGUGUAACAAUAAUCAACAGCACAAAAUAAUACAACGAUUUACUGCUUGUUUUAGCUUGUAAAUUUUGCUGAAAAGUGGUAGCACUGCAUAAUACAUUCACAUCUGAGGUCACGUUACCCAAGAUGUUACUUUGCUUAAAUUAAGACCUUUUCUUCUACAAAAUGUAAUGGAAAGUACUUUCCCAGACCAUUUCCUGAAACCGAUCAGGUGCUUUCCUAGAACUCUGUUGAACUAUCUGCUUCCUUACUGAGAACUUAUGUUUUCUAUAACUUAGUAGCUACUUUCAGAAAGUGACUUUCAGGGAACUUUAACGGAGUUUAACUCAUCAGGUACUUUCCACGAACAUUCAUGGAAUGUGUUUGUCACUUUCCUAAACCUAACUAAUAAGUUUCUUUCAGGUCACCAGUUUUUUUUAUAAAGCUAAAGGAAGGUUCUCUGUAGGUUCCUGAAAAUAAAGAGUAAAUUUCAGCCUCGCAUUGCAUGUGAAUUUCAAAGAAAGUACUGUGAAAGCAGUACUUUUAUCAGUAAGUCUGAUAAAAGUUACAGGAAAGUACCAUCUAAGCUGCAGAAAAUUUACGUUCUUCAAGAAUAUGUACUGCUUUAUGUUGUGCUACCGUGAAAACACCUUUACGGCAAGGUUUUCACUUUGGUUGAAUAUUUUAGGUUUUAAGCCGCUUUGACACAAAAUCACCGACUAACUGCAAGUAGUUCACAUUUUAAAUUUCCUCUUGCAGCCUGUAGAGGUUGUACAUUUGUCUAAAAAGCUCUGAAAUAAAAUCACCUUUUAUUUCAGUUGCUUAAUCUCAUCCUAAGAGCUCUUUCUGUGUUUAUUUGAUCAGAAUUUCUGGAACAUAAUCCUCCACCAAAAACCUCAUGACGGCAUUUUCAGCUUAUUGGUCGUGACCAUCAGUCUUUUCAUUAAAGUGUUAUAUUUCCAACAGUACUUGAUGCCAUACACUCCAAUAAAGUUCCAGAAAAACACUUCUAUAGCAUCACAAUGUGUUUGUCCUUCAUCAUCUCAAAUCUUCCACCGAAUGUUACAAUGUGUUUAAUUCACACACAGAUAGUAGCUACAGUUGAAAAGCUCUUGUGAAGACGUAGCGACCCCAAGAGGUCACUCUGCCGCAGUUCUCCGUUAGUGAGCUUUAAUAUGAGAAUUUUUAUUUUUCUUACCAUCCUCAUCGCUAUGUGUCAAGGCAACAUAAAUGUUGGUCUUUGUCAUGUCAUAUUAUUAUUAUCUAUGACAUGACAGGCAGGAAGAAAAUCAUUCCUAGUUUCUAGAAACUAAAUGACCGUCUUUAUUUUAAAAUAACGGUUUGGUUGCAUUUAUUUUAUAACAAAUUGUUAGGAACUAAAAAUUUGCCACUGAUGGUCUCUGAAUUUUGAUUUUUAUUGCAGAACAACUGAAUCUAUUUGGAUUAAUUUUACAUUUUCCAGAGAGAAAUUAUCUUACUGCAAUAAAAAAUAUAUUCUUAGAAUUUGUUACAUUUUUAUCAAGGUUAACAGUGAAUAUGUCCAGGACUGUAUGUGUUUUUCAUUGGGGAGUGAACAAUUUGUUGUUUUUUUUAUUAAAUAUACUCGCAUGCAAAUAUAAAACCAGCUGUAACAGA